AUGUGUUUUCUAUCUGGAGAAGUUCUUGGAUCUACAUCAGAGCUUUGGGCUCUAAAGUAUUGGGGUCCAGCAUUCUACUUUUGCUUGAUAAACUUUAUACUUAAAUACCUCUAUAAAGGAUUCAUUUAUGAGGUAUCAAUACGGGCAACUGGCUUAGGAGCAGUAAUGGCCGUAGGCCUUUAUUUAGUCUCCUUUGAUAAUGGUUUGAAGGUGCUCGGGUUGUACAUUGUGGCCCUUACAUUCUUCCACUUCUCCGAGUUUGUUGCUGUGGCCUUGACAAACCCCAGGACUGUGACUAUUGACUCAUUCAUUUUGAACCACAGUGUGCAAUAUGCUGUGGCCGCAGUUGCAAGUUGGAUAGAAUGGACCAUUGAGUUUUACUUCUUUCCUGGAAUGAAAACUUAUUUCUGGUUGUCAAGUUUUGGAGUAUUAAUGUGCUUUGGUGGAGAAUUGCUCCGAAAAACCGCUAUGUUCACUGCAAAAACGAACUUUACACAUACUGUACAAUUUGUAAAGCACCCUGAUCAUCAACUUGUUACUCACGGCGUCUACGCAAUGUGCCGGCAUCCCAGCUACGUGGGGUGGUUUUACUGGUCUAUUGGUACACAGAUAAUACUACUGAACCCAGUCUGCGUUGUUAUAUACACAUUGGCUUCAUGGACUUUCUUCCGCGAGCGGGUGUACGCCGAGGAGAUGACUCUGCUGGCAUUCUUCGGUUCGGAAUAUACAGCGUACCAGAGGAAAGUGGGCACCGGCCUGCCUUUCAUACGAGGAUAUAUUCCUGAGAAUGUGAAGCAGAAGGUCAAAGAUGAACAUUGGAGUUAUUAA